AUGCUAGGCUAUUUUAUGUAAGCUUUUUGUCACUAUUUCGUCACGUUCCUCAUAGAUUGCAGUUUCAGCACACUUAUUCAGCCCCUUCUGCUAAUCAUCACUCUUCUGGUCGUUUCGAUCGUCGUUCUCCUUCCAAUACUGGUAUACUUCUUCCCGCAAUACAUACAGUUCAUCUUCUUCCUCAAUUUCCGUAAGUUUUUUCGCUUAUCUUAUCUCUUAUCGGACAUAUCUCGUUCGCAGGCCGUCUACCAAACACCGAUUACAACGAUCUGCCAUCAAACAAUGUCAAUUCGAUCGGAAGGUCGUUCCAUUUGCGCGGAAGUGGUGGAAAAAUCGGAGUUUGGCAUAUUCUGCCGCAUAAAUUGAGUUUGGAAUGGCGUACGGAAGGACGUCACCCGGUUGACGCCGACUUCGAAGACAUGCUGAGAGAUUCGGAACAUAAGUGAGUGAGAUGACAUCAUUCGGGGAACGGAGGAUAAAUAAACAAGUAAUUAUAGGAUCAUCGUCUACGCGCACGGCAAUUCCUUCGAUCGAACCUUCUAUCACCGUGUCGAGAUGUAUAAUUUGCUUAGCGAGCGCAACUACCACGUCAUUUGUUUUGACUAUCGCGGCUACGGAGAUUCCGAGGGAACUCCCACCGAGAAGGGCAUUGUCAAUGAUGCACGCAUAGUUUACGAGUGGGUGAAGGAGAGAAGCGGAAGGACGCCCGUCAUCGUCUGGGGACAUUCUAUGGGAACCGGGUAUGUUUGGAUUGGCAAGCGAAGCGCCAAAACAUCAUUAUCAGGGUGUCCUGCAAGUUGGUAAAAGAUCUUUCGGAGGAGAAGCAGCCGCCGUGCGGUCUUGUGCUCGAAUCGCCGUUCAACAACCUGAAAGACGCGGUCACAAAUCAUCCGAUCUUCACAAUAUUCAGCUGGAUGAACGACUCCAUGGUCGACCGCAUUAUUAUCCGACCGUUAAACAGUGUCGGGCUUACCAUGCAAUCGGACAAACGAAUCCAAUUGUACGCGCGUUUUGAUGUUUCAUUGACAACUGACGGAUUUCAGAGUCUCCUGCCCGAUCAUUAUCCUCCACGCUGAAGACGACAAGAUUCUGCCCGUCAAACUGGGCAGAGCGUUAUACGCGGCGGCGAAAAAGCGGAUCGAGACAUUCAGUAUCAGGAGUUCUCAUCGGAGUUCGGAUUUGGCCACAAGUUCAUUUGUCGGGCCCCAGCGUUGCCGGAAAUCAUUGACGGAUUUGUGGAAAGAGUGUCUCCGCCCGCAACUGCUGUUUUCUAA